GCAUCCAAUGUGCAUCCCUGUUCGUUUUGUCUUGCUCAGCUAUGGGCCGUAUCGUCACAGACGAUGCGACUGUUCCUUCGGGCGCACCAGGUGGGUUCCCGGCAUGAUCGGACUGAUGAUGACAGCAACAUACCUUGAGGUACGUCGUUAUCUGAGUAAUUUCCCACCUGAACAGCCUUGUGGGUCGUGGCGCACACGCCUGAGUAUAUCUAAGGAAGAACCUCGCUCAUUCUACAGCUCACUUGUAAAUCUAUCAUAUUUCUUGGCUCGUCGUCCCUCGUUAUUGCGACCUCUCAGGAUUGAGCUUGACGUGUAUUAUUGCUAGACAGGACAACCCUCGUUUCAAGUUGGCCCUGAUCAGUGAUCUAUCAGUCGUUUCAGACUCUCAACAUCUCCUCAUUGUCCUCAUAUUAACCUUGAUUUCUCGCCAUGCGCUCUUCAGUCCUAAGUCUGCCUGCUCUUGCUGGCUCAGCCUUCGCAGCAUUUCCUCACCGUCCCUUGAAUGACGGCCAUAUACCCUGGAAUCCGUUUCCAACAGGUGGUCACACACCAAAUCCCACAGGCUGGAACCCACACCCAACAGGCGGCAGUCCACCACCUCCACCACAUUCGCCCCCAGCGACUCCAAGUCCAUCACCGCCUCAAUCAAUCAUGUAUUCACCACCACCGCUAAAUCCACCAACACACAAUCCCACCAUGGUCACCGACUAUCUCACCACAUUCGUCCCAACAUCUACCUCCGUCGGCCACAACGGAGGUUCCGACGUAUACUCAACCUGGCUCACCACCAGCAUCAUCGCAAACGUCCACACGCCAGAUGCUCCCUGGACAUUUGAGCCCAUCGAGACAUGUCCCCCGCAAAGCAUCGUCACAGUCACCAAGAUCCCGGAAUAUGUGCCGCAGCCAGUGACCAUCAGUGUCACCGUAACAACGACAGAGACUACGACGAAGACGGAGACAACUACCAUCUGUCCUGUGGGUGGUGGUGUUCCGACUGAGCAUCCUUACGACGGUAACGGUAAUCCUACCGAUGGAUAUGGCGGUCAAGCAACACCCGAACCUGCACCGUCGCCGAGCUCGUGGGGCUACGGUGGUCCUGGCGGACCCGGCGAGAUUCACACUCCCACGUCGAACGAGGGCGGAUACGGACAUACCACUGGCUGGGCAUCUCCGACCGGAUCUUACUACGGGCGUGGAAAGGGGUGGUGGGCGAGGAAGGCGUGGUAGAACAUUCCCAUCAGAAGAAGGGGCUUCCAAGAUAGAUAGAGUAAGGGGCAAAGCGGGGAGGGAAUUGGAGCCGUGGUGAG